AUAUGUAAUGUUUGACUCUUUAUCUUUAAACAAAUGUUUUAGUAUAACUUUAGUUAUUUGUGAAUCCUCGAUUCCAACAGAUAAAAUAUGGAACCCUUUAUUUUGAAGAGCAUUUCUGAACUUCAUUUAUAAAUGCUUUGUUUUGUCCCCCCAUGUUAUUCUGCCCUGGGCCCCGCAGGACUUCCCACCGCCUCUGUCUGUUGCAUCAGCGGGUAUUUAACAGGAUGUGGGAGCCGCUCAGCUAUUGGCUGCUCGGCAUCGGAAGGCCGGGCGGGUUUUACCGGCCGAACCGGAGGCUGCAUGCGGCUCCGGGAUGCUGGCGGCGGACUAGACUCCGCUGCGGAGGGAUUUUAAUCAUCCAUUCCGGCAGAACGGAGCGUCUUCUGAAGAGGAAACGACUGUUUUCUGUUUCUAUGUCGCUUCCGCUUCCAGCUCUUCAUCCGUGACGCCAUGGUGGCGGGAGAGCUCGUGCAGGAGCAUCUGCGCGCGGACACCGGCGCACCUGACGACAUCACGGUUGUCAGGAAGAGUCCGCAACCGGAGGGCGCACGGCGGCCAGCCGACACCGACUCCUGCUCCGAUCCGGCAUGUGGUGGGCCCGACCAGCACCGGGACCCGGAGGAGCUGGAGGUGCCGCCGGAUGAGAGAGCGGCGAUGCUGCCCGGCGCCGGUGGAGGAGAGGCGGAGGAGGCGGGAGGGAGGGCGCCGGAAACCAGGGUGUAUUGGCGGCGGUUCGCGGUUCUGGCCGUGUUCAGCCUGUACUCCCUGGUGAACGCCUUCCAGUGGAUCCACUACAGCAUUAUCACCAACGUGUUCACCAGAUACUACGGCGUCACCAGCGACAAGGUGGACUGGCUGUCCAUCGUGUACAUGGUGGCCUACAUCCCGCUCAUCUUCCCGGCCACCUGGCUGCUGGACCGCCGCGGUCUGCGGCUCACGGCCCUGCUGGGCGCGGGGCUCAACUGCGCAGGCGCCUGGCUCAAGUGCGCCAGCGUCAGCCCCGACCGGUUCGGGGUCACCGUGACGGCGCAGGUCAUCUGCUCCGUGGCGCAGGUCUUCAUCCUCGGCCUGCCGUCCCGCAUCGCCUCGGUGUGGUUCGGACCGCGGGAGGUUUCCACCGCGUGCGCCACCGCCGUGCUGGGGAACCAGCUGGGGACGGCCAUCGGCUUCCUGCUGCCGCCGGUUCUGGUACCAAACACACCGGAGGACCCGGACCGAACAGGUCGCAACAUCAGCAUCAUGUUUUAUGGGACAGCUGCUGUUUCCACGGGCCUCUUCGUCCUCACCGUCAUAGUGAUAACAGACAAACCGCCUCUGCCGCCCAGCCAGGCGCAGGCCGUGUUACCGGGCGUCCCGCUGGACGAUUACUCCUACAAACAGUCCAUCAUCAACCUGGUCAAGAACAAAGCCUUCGUCCUGCUGCUCAUCAGCUACGGCAUCCUGACCGGAUCCUUCUACUCCGUCUCCACGCUGCUCAACCAGAUCAUCCUCCACUACUUCCAGGGUCAGGAGCUGAACGCUGGACGGAUCGGACUGACUCUGGUUCUGGCCGGGAUGGUCGGGUCCAUCCUCUGUGGCCUUUGGCUGGACCACACCAAAACCUACAAGGUAACCACUCUCGUCGUCUACCUGCUGUCCUUCGUGGGGAUGCUGGUCUUCACCUUCACCUUGGACCUGAACAACAUCUACCUGGUCUUCUGCACAGCUGGAGUCCUCGGGUUCUUCAUGACCGGCUACCUGCCUCUGGGCUUCGAGUUCGGCGUGGAGAUCACCUACCCCGAGUCUGAGGGGACGUCGUCAGGGCUGCUCAACGCUUUCGCUCAGAUCUUCGGCAUCAUCUUCACUCUGAUUCAGGGCCGGCUGACCACGGCCUUCGGUCCGCUGGCCGGGAACGUCUUCCUGUCCGCCUGGAUCCUGCUGGGCGUGGUUCUGACCGCUUUAAUAAAGUCGGAGCUGAAACGACACAACGUCAACAUGGCGACGGAGAGCAAAGCCCUGCAGGCGCGUCCCGCCGGUCGCCAUGGCGACCGUCCAGCAGGACAUCAAGCCAACGGCGUCCAGCUGGAGCCUUCGCUCGGCGUCUCCAGGGAAACGUCUCUGUGAGAGCCAGAACCAAGCCCAGUCAGCUCCAGAACCCGGUCGGGUCCAAGUUGUUACUUGGAUUCAGGAACCGUCACAGCAACGCUCCGAGUCGGGUCGCUGCGUCUGGAGCUUCAGAACCCAGACCAGAUCUCCUGCUGCUUCUCGGACCGGAUCCUGGAGGGAGCUGCUCCUGGUCCAACCAGAACCAUGAUGACUGGACCAGAACCAGAACCAUGUCUCAGCAGGUCCCAGUUCUGGACUGAACCAUGACAGACAAUCAGCUGCUCCUCAGAGUUCUGCAGCACAAACCGGUCCGGACCCAACAGAACCAGGGGGAACAGUGCACAGAAAAGCACAACUUCCUGUUUCCCAUUGCAGUGUUUUCUAAGUCGGGCCUGCGGGGGGCGCUGUGGCGCCUCAGAAGGUUGGAGGGAAGAUGAGAAAGAAAUGCAAACGUCCCGUACAUUUUUUAAUCUUAAAUUUAUCUAAUAUUCAAUCAUGUUUUUCUAAAAUAAAAGGUAAGAUGGAUAUAAGUUAAGAUAAUUUAUGUAAAUGCAUGAUUUUCUCAUCGAAUCCAUUUUUCCUCCAAGAGGGAAAUAAAACACUUUCUGACAAACGGCACAAAAAAUCAUGAGAACUUUGAGAAUAACAUAAAAUUUGAUGUGAUUAAUAUAAAAUAUUGUAAUGAAAAAUUGUAUUAUGUGGUAAUAAAGUCAUAAUAUAUCAUGGCCAAUUAUAACCAGAUGUUAUGAGUUAGCAUUUAUGCUAAAUUAAUGUAAUAAUUAUUGAAUAAAAACAUUAUAAAUGUU